CGCAUCUCACCCGGCAUGAUGUCGCCUGCCGUACUCGAUCCAGAGCUCGGGGCCAUGGGCUACAUGAAUGCCAAGCCCCUGAACAACCAAAGUCCUGGGCCUCAGCAUAUCAUGCCGCCCUACACGCGUACAGUGUCCGACACUCCACUUCAUAAUACCCUCCACACACCUGCCGACAGUGCGCCGCCAUCACGUCACAACAGCUUGCCGGGCGUCCAAGGUAUCUUCAUAUGCGACUGUUGCCCCAAAAAGCCCAAGAAGUUUACCAGCGAAGAUGACCUAAGAGCCCAUCACAUGGAAAAGCAAUACUCCUGCCUUUAUUGUCCAAAUCGGUUCAAGAACAAGAACGAAGCGGAGCGGCACCAGAAUUCUCUACAUCUACGGCGUCACUCUUGGUCUUGUGCAGCUCUUCACACAAUCGAGACAGCUUUCCACACGUCACCUAGCACGAACGGGGCGACGGACAUCUGCGGCUACUGUGGCGACGAGUUUCCCAAUCCAGCGGACUGGAACCACAGACGUGAUCAUGUCUUGCAAACACACAAGUUCGGAGAGUGCAAUCAAGCGAAGAAAUUCUUCCGUGCCGAUCACUUCCGCCAACAUCUGAAGCACAGCCACGCAGGGACAAGCGGCAAGUGGACCAACAUGCUUGAGACAACAUGUAUGCGAGACGAGCCACUACCACAACCAAUG